GACAGCUGGGUGUGUAACCGUCGAUUCAUUGUCAGAGAGUCGAGUGGAGCGAGCACGACAGAUAAUAAAAAUUUUUAUCGGCGCGAAUAAUAUCGAGUUUUUGGUGAAAUAAUGGCGAAUCCAAAUCCUGUCAUUAAGUACACGCAGUUAUUCAUCAACAACACAUUUAUUGACGCGGAGAGCAAGAAGAAAUUCACGACUAUCAACCCAUCGACUGGGAAAGUUAUCACUGAAGUGGCUGAGGGAGAUAAAGCUGAUGUGAACAAAGCUGUCACAGCCGCGAAAGCUGCGUUCGCCAGAGGAGCACCAUGGCGAGUGCUCAAUGCCUCUGGUCGUGGACUCCUCAUCAAUAAGCUUGCUGAUCUCAUGGAGAGGGAUGCUGAGUACAUUGCCAAUCUAGAAGCUUUGGACAAUGGAAAGACGUACCUCAGUGCUCUUGGGGACAUUCAAGCUAGUGUGGGGUGCCUCCGCUAUUACGCCGGGUGGUGUGAUAAAAUCCUCGGCACCACUAUCCCAACUGAUGAUGGCAACUUGGCUAUGACGAAAAAGGAACCGAUUGGAGUAGUUGGUCAGAUAAUUCCCUGGAACUACCCAGUAGCAAUGUUAGCGUGGAAGUGGGGACCGGCUCUGGCCACUGGCUGCACCAUUGUCCUCAAACCUGCUGAGCAGACUCCUCUGACUGCUCUGUACGUAGCAGCAUUAGCCAAGGAGGCUGGAUUCCCACCGGGAGUCGUCAACGUCAUCACUGGGUACGGUCCGACUGCUGGGGCUGCUAUCAGCGAACAUCUGGAUAUUCGCAAAGUCGCAUUCACUGGAUCUACCGAUAUCGGUCACGUCAUCUUGGAGGCAGCAGCCAAGUCGAACUUGAAACGCGUCAGUUUGGAGUUGGGGGGAAAGAGUCCAAUCGUUAUUUUUGAUGAUGCAAAUGUGAAAGAAGCAGCUGAAAUUGCCCACGAGGCCCUCUUCGGGAACCACGGCCAGAGCUGUUGCGCCGGCUCCCGCACAUUCGUCCAAGCGAAGAUCUACGACGAAUUCGUGAAGCUAUCCAAAGAACUGGCUCUGAAGCGUAAAGUCGGAGAUCCCUUCGACCCCACCGUGGUUCAGGGCCCGCAGAUCGAUCAAGACAUGUUGGACAAGGUGCUCGGUUUGAUAAAAUCCGGGAAAGAAGAGGGAGCUGUGGUUGAAACCGGCGGUGAGCGCCCGGGCACCGUCGGUUUCUUCGUGAAACCCACUGUCUUCUCGAAUGUCAAAGACGACAUGAGAAUUGCCAAGGAGGAAAUAUUCGGACCUGUUCAGUCCAUUCUGAAAUUCAAUACUAUGGAGGAAGUUAUUGAGAGGGCGAAUAAGACCACUUAUGGUCUUGCUUCUGGGGUCAUUACGAAUGAUAUCAACAAGGCUCUUCAGUUCUGCGAGGCUGUUGAAGCAGGAAGUGUCUGGGUCAACUGCUACGAUGCCAUCACCCCACAAACUCCGUUCGGAGGAUACAAACAGUCUGGAAUUGGUCGUGAGCUGGGUGAGAAGGGCCUCGAGGGCUACUUGGAAACCAAGACAAUCUCAAUUAAGGUUCAGCCUCUGAAGUGAAGACGCGAUCACAAUCUUAUACGACCACUUUUAUAAUUUUUCUAAUAUAUGGAACUAUUUUUGCAUUCACGAAAUAAAUGAUAAUAUAUUCGUUCAUUA